AUGUCAGUGCAAAAAGUUUCCAUCUUGGGCACUGAAUCCAUUCAUGUGGGAUAUGGAAUUCAAGAACAUAUAGUGAAAACAGUUAUUGAAACGAAAGCUUCGUCUACCUAUGUGAUAAUAACCGAUGACAACAUGGCAGCCACUGAGCCAUAUGCCAAAUUGGAAAAAAAAUUCGAAGCAGAGUUGGCAACGAGUAGACCUGAGUCUCGUUUAUUGACCAUCCAAGUAGCACCAGGAGAAAGCAGUAAGAAUAGAAGCACCAAGGCACACAUUGAAGACUUUCUUUUGAGUAAAGGUUGCACCAGAGAUACUGUGAUUAUCGCAGUAGGAGGAGGUGUUAUCGGUGACAUGAUUGGAUUUGUUGCUGCUACUUUUAUGAGAGGUGUGCGUGUCGUCCAAGUACCUACUUCCUUGUUGGCUAUGGUUGAUUCUUCAGUAGGUGGUAAGACUGCCAUCGACACCCCAUUGGGUAAGAACUUCAUUGGUGCCUUUCACCAGCCAGAAUACAUCUUCUGUGAUAUUUCAUUCUUGGAAACUUUGCCUGUGAGACAGUUUAUCAAUGGUAUGGCUGAAGUCAUCAAGACAGCUGCCAUUUGGGAUGAAGAAGAAUUCACCAGAUUAGAAGAUUUUUCUUCUAGUUUCUUGACUGCUAUAAAUUCUGCUAACAAAAUUGAAUCCUUACAAGCCAUUAAGCAAGAUAUCAUUAAGACGGUACUUGGUUCUAUUAGGGUCAAGGCUAACGUAGUCACACAGGAUGAAAAGGAAGGGGGUUUAAGAAAUUUGCUCAACUUUGGGCAUACCAUUGGACAUGCCAUUGAAGCCGUUUUAACUCCUCAAGCCUUACACGGUGAAUGUGUUUCCAUCGGUAUGAUCUUGGAAGCUGAAUUAUCUCGUUACUUGGGUAUUCUUCCUCCGGUAGCAGUUGCUCGUUUAACUAAAUGUUUAUCGGGCUACGGAUUGCCAGUGAAAUAUGAUGAAAAGAUGAUGAUUGAGAAAGUCGGUCAGCGUAAAUUGAAGUUAGUUCAACUUCAAGUAUUAUUGGAUAAAAUGUCUAUUGAUAAGAAGAAUGAUGGUAGUAAGAUUAGAUGUGUCUUGUUGGAAUCAAUCGGAAGAUGUUAUCAAUUGAAGGCUCAUCAAAUUUCCAAGCAAGACUUGUCGGUGAUCUUAACUGAUGAAAUUUUGGUCAGUCCAUUUGAUAAAGCUCAAAUUCCAAAAGAAAACAUUGUGAUCCCUCCAGGUUCCAAAUCCAUUUCCAAUAGGGCCUUAAUUUUAGCUGCUUUAGGUAAGGGAACUGUCAGAAUCAAGAAUUUAUUGCAUAGCGAUGACACAAAGCAUAUGUUAACUGCAGUUUCCUUAUUGAAAGGUGCUAAGAUCAGUACUGAAGACAGUGGUGAAACUAUUGUGUUGUCAGGAAAUGGUGGUAAAAUGGAAGCAUGUAAAGAACAAUUGUACUUAGGUAAUGCUGGUACGGCCUCGAGAUUCUUAACUACUGUUGCUGCAUUAGUUAGUGUUGGUGGUGAAAAUGAAAGGGUUAUUUUGACUGGUAAUGCUAGAAUGCAAGAAAGACCUAUUGGUCCAUUAGUCGACGCAUUACGUUCCAAUGGUUCUUCUAUCACAUAUAAACAUAAUGAAGGGUCUUUGCCAUUAGAAAUUGAGUGUGGUAAAGGAUUGAAAGGUGGUAGAAUUGAAUUAGGUGCUACUAUUUCUUCCCAAUACGUUUCAUCCAUUUUAAUGUGUGCUCCAUAUGCACAAAAUCCAGUUACUUUGUCAUUGGUAGGUGGUAAGCCAAUAUCUCAAUUGUAUAUAGAUAUGACCAUUGCUAUGAUGAAGUCUUUUGGAAUAGACGUAACGAAAUCAACCACUGAAGAAUAUACUUACCACAUUCCUCAAGGUGUCUAUACAAACCCUGAAGAAUAUGUCAUUGAAUCUGAUGCAUCAUCUGCUACAUACCCAUUAGCUUUUGCUGCCAUGACAGGAACUUCAUGUACUGUCCCAAACAUUGGAUCUUCUUCUUUACAAGGUGAUGCUAGAUUUGCUGUUGAUGUAUUGAAACCAAUGGGGUGUACAGUUGUACAAACGGCCACCUCAACCACUGUUACUGGUCCACCAAAGGGUCAAUUGAAGGCAUUACUGCAUGUCGAUAUGGAACCAAUGACUGAUGCAUUCUUAACAGCUUCAGUCGUUGCUGCUAUUGCACAAGGUAAAACUUCAAUUACAGGAAUUGCUAAUCAAAGAGUGAAAGAGUGUAACAGAAUUAAGGCUAUGGUUGAUGAAUUGAGUAAAUUCGGAGUACAUUGUGACGAAUUGCCAGAUGGUAUUGAAAUCAAUGGUAUUAAGAAUAUUGAUGAUCUUUUAGUUCCCGGUGCAUCCACUGGAGGUGUCAAAACUUAUGAUGAUCAUAGAGUUGCCAUGUCAUUUUCAUUGCUUGCUGGAAUUUGUAAAGAACCAGUUUUGAUCUUAGAAAGAUCUUGUACUGGUAAAACAUGGCCAGGAUGGUGGGAUGUUUUACAUAGUAAGUUCAAUGUUACCUUGAAUGGCUAUGAACACACAUCUACCGGUAGAAACACCGUUAAACCUCAGGAAAAGAAAUCUAUUGUUGUGAUUGGAAUGAGAGCUGCUGGUAAAUCUACUUUAUCAAAGUGGAUGGCACACUUCUUAGGUUACAAAUUAUUAGAUUUAGAUAUAGAAUUCCAGAAAGAAGAAUACGGUGGAAUGGAUAUCCGUGAUUUCAUUAAAUUGAAUGGUUGGGAAGCAUUCCGCAAGCUUGAAACUCAAAUUGCUCAAAACGCAUUAGUUGAAUAUGGAAAAAAUCAUAUUAUCUCUACGGGUGGUGGUGUCGUCGAGGAUGCUACCAAUAGAGAGCUCUUCAAGGCUUAUGCUUCUGAAGGAGGGAUUGUGUUACAUUUACAUCGUGACUUGGACGAAACUGUUGUCUUCUUAAACAGUGAUGCUACUCGUCCCUCAUAUGUUGAUGAAAUCAAGGAAGUUUGGCACAGAAGAAGAGCUUGGUACAGUGAGGUCCUGAACCAUCACUUUUACUCGGCUCACUGUAAUAACGAACUUGAAUUUAAGUUGUUGCGUGGUUCAUUCAUCAAAUACUUGAAGCACAUUACAGGUAUUGAAACUGCCAAGAUUCCAACUGAAAGAUCCGCAUUUGUAUGUUUGACUUAUCCUGAUUUGACUGAAAAUGUGAGCCUUUUGGAAGAUGUAACAAGUGGAUGUGCAGCUGUUGAAUUGAGAAUUGACUUACUCAAAUCUUAUGAAAAUUCUUUCGUUGCUGAGCAGAUUGCUUUAUUAAGAAAGCAUGUCAGUAUUCCAAUUAUUUACACUAUCAGAACAAAGACACAAGGUGGUAAAUUUGAUGAUGAAGAUACGGAAUCAAUUGAAAGAUUGAGUUUCCUAGCUAUUAAGUUGGGUAUUGAAUAUUUGGACGUCCAAUUGACUUAUCCAGAUCAGUUGAUUGAUAAAAUUUUGGAACAUAAGGGGUACACUAAAAUUAUUGGAUCACACCACGACUUUAGCGGUGAAUUAAAGUGGCAAAAUGUUGAAUGGGAGAACAAAUAUGCUCAUGCUCUCGAGUUGAAUGUAGAUAUUAUUAAAUUUGUUGGAAUGGCCUCUAGGUUCGAAGAUAAUUUGAAAUUAGAAGUUUUCAGAGAAUCACACGUCGAAAAGCCAUUGAUCGCCAUUAACAUGAGUGAACAUGGUAAGUUAUCAAGAGUGUUGAAUACCAUUCUUACUCCAGUUACUCAUUCAUUAUUACCUACUAGUGCUGCCCCUGGUCAAUUGACAGUGGAACAAAUUAACCGUGCACUUGCAGAAGUUGGUGGAUUAUUACCUAAGGAAUUCUUCAUUGUCGGUGAACCAAUUGGACAUUCAAGACUGCCAGCAUUGCACUAUGCUGGGUACCUUAAACUUGGUUUACCACAUACAUUUAAGAAAUUCGAAACUUCAAGCGCUGAUGAGGUUUACGAAAAAUUGAUUAAGGGUAAUAAGAAGUUUGGUGGAUUGGCUGUUACAAUUCCGUUGAAAAUUGACAUAAUGAAGUACGUUGAGGUCUUAUCUGAAAGUGCCAAGACUAUUGGUGCAGUUAAUACCGUCAUUCUCAACAAAGAAGGUAAAAUUUUCGGUGACAAUACCGAUUGGUUUGGUAUUACCAAUUCAUUCUUAAGACAUGGUGUUCCAGAGAGUGUAAGUAAGACUGAAAUCAAUGGUCUAGUCAUUGGUGCUGGUGGUACCUCUAGAGCAGCUGCUUAUGCCUUGCACAAAAUUGGGUGUAAGAAGAUUUAUAUGAUAAAUCGUACCAGCUCAAAAUUAUUGGAAGUUCAAAGAUCCUUACCGAAGGAUUUCAACAUUGAAGUUUUGAGUUCUAUAGAGGAUGUUUCCAAUGCUAGCCCAAUCUCGCUUGCAGUAUCCUGUGUUCCAGCAGAUAAACCUUUAGAUGCUGAGUUAUUGAGUAAAGUCGAAACUUUAUUAGAUAACGGAAGUAAAUACUAUAAAGAGGGAGAUGUUAGCUUCGUGCCUACCUUGCUUGAAGCUGCUUACAAGCCUAGGGUUACUCCAAUUAUGAAGAUUGCCGAAGAACACUUCAACUGGAAUGUUAUCCCAGGUGUUGAAAUGCUUGUGAACCAAGGCGAAAGGCAAUUUGAGAUUCAGACUGGCUUCACUCCUCCUUACAAAGUCAUCCAUGCAGCAGUGUUAGCUGAUAAAGAAUAG